AUGCAGACAGGUGAUGGAUACCAGUGGGGAUCAAGGUGAGCAGAUACGCUCCUGAAUGAAUGAUUUAAGAGCUUUUAGUUGAAGAAAAAGACGAAAUUUUAGAGAAAGACAGGGCGUUUUCAGAGAGUGAGUGAGAGAAGAGGAAUGUGAGGAGGACAGAGAGGGAGGUCAGCCUGCUAGUCUGCUAGUCUGUAGUCAGUCUGCUACUUCAUUAAAGCUGUGAGGAGAUCCAGUAAGGGAGACCCUGAAACUGAUCUACAGCAGAGAGACAGAGAGGGAGGAAGAAAAAGGAAAGAAAGAUGUUUUUAUCGCUGCCUGUGAGUCACAAGUUUGCAUGAGAGUGACUUAUAGUCUGCACACUCACACACACACACACACACACACACACACACACACGCUGCUCUGUAAACAGGCAGUAAUCACAGCAGUUUGGUGCUAAAAUUCACGUUUGUUUGUUGUUUUUCUGAAAGUCAAGAGCAGCAGACUGCUAAACUAAAACUAAACUUUAACUAAAGUUAAACUUAAAUAAAUCUUUUUUUCCCAUCCUUAUCUUUUUUUAAAUCACAGCAGAAGUCAUUUCAGGACACUGACAGAAAGUGUGUUAGCAGUAAAGACAAGAAGCUGCUCUGACCAUCAGAAAACGUCUUCUUCGUGGAGAAAAACUCCCUUCUCUGUGUCUUUUCUUGUUUAUCACUUUUUAUCAGUAUUGGUGAUGUUCACAGUCCUGGAAACAAAGUUCACGUACCUGAGUUCAUGGAGAUAAGAACUUUUUUAAACUCAUUUUUAGAUUCACAUAUAAAAAACAAGCUUUUCUUGUCAUAAUAAUGAAAUAGAGAGUUGUAAAUGUUGUUGUUUAAUGCAGAUUAAAUUUAAGAAAAAGAGAAAAAGGCACUUAAAAGGACACAUCAAUCUGUUUGGAGCAGCAUUACAAUUCUGUUAGAUUGGAUGAAUAUUAAAGUGGUUUAAAGUUAAUGUAUCACUACAGAGCAGUGUGUAGUGAUAAUGGAGGGAGAGAAUAAAUCAAAAGUUUGUCUUUACCCAGAGACAAAAAAAUAUAUUUUUUAUAUUUUAUAAUUUUAGGCCUUUGUUUAAAGCUACUAUGAGGACUUUUACAGAAGUUAUAAAACAGGCUGAAACAAACAGAGAUGCAUCUCUACAACAUACAAAGGCAAAUUAGACUUUCAAUUUUAGGAUUAACAAUUUCUGUAUUAUUGGUUUUCAUGGCUGUAAGUGCUGUGUGUGUGGGGGGGGGUAGGUUCGAUGAAAAUUCAGACUCUGUCACUUUUACUGACGCAGUUAUUCACAGUUAGUGGUAGAUUUAACUUUAAAAAGAAAACAGGGUGAGAUUUUUUUCACAGUUCACACCAUUUUUACAAAGGUAAGAUAAAAUCAGACAAUAUAGGGUUAUCAGUUAGUCCACAGGGGGGCGCCAAAGUCAACACAGACAGGCGCUUGAAUUAAGAUUAGCACAAAGAUUUUCGAUCCAUACUGUUAAAUAAAAAAUGGAUUUGAUAACCGUAACAUUAUAUUUAGUUGAAUAUGAGAUUCUGUUGUUGUUUUACAGAGUCCAGGCUUUAUUGGAGUUUAUGUAUGCUGCACUAUUAGAAAUGUGGUAACUAAUAAACCCAAAUUUAACAGUCCUUGAAUUUUACAUCAAAAUAUGACUCUAAAACACGGAUGGGAGUUGAGCAUCAGUUCCAGAACAGAACCGGUUUUAACUGGUUUUGACCACUGACAUCAUUUGCCUUUAUGCCUAAUGUUCUUAUAUUAAUGUCUUCCAAUUAGCUCUGCAUGACUUGCAAAACAAUGACGUGACACGCCGUGAGGAGCAGUCAGUGCAAACGACAGCAAAGGAGUCAGUUCAGUUUAAUUAAGUUUAUCUGUGCAUGUAAAAGUACCGAGUGUGUUUCUGCAACAUCUGGGAGCUUUUCUGUCCCACAGAGGGGAUCUGUGCAUUUUCAGAGACUGUCUGGAUCCAGUCUCUCUUGAGCAAAUUGAUCUGUGAUGAUUUAUGGGAGGUUUUUAGAUAGAUGAUUGAUGACAACACUAGUGUAAGGCUAUGAUCUUUGUUUUGGUUUGUUGACCAAUCAGAGGCUGUUUCUGAGGUUGGCUGGCCAUUGGGGGUCCAGUCAGAGACUGAGAAGCCUCCUUGUCUCAGCAAGGAAACUGGAGCAGUGAACAAACUCUAUAAGAAUCAACAUAGAGGUCAGACUGGAAGAAAAAGGUUAUGAAUAUGCAGUGAGGGGUCAACAUUGAUAAAAUAAUGAAUGACCAUCAAUGCAUAGAGGGGCCCCUGGAGGAUAUAUCUGUGCAUCCAUACAUUUGUGCAUGGGUGUAAAUAAGAUUUCAACUAUUCUCAUCCCUAUACCAAAUCAAAACAAACCCAAACAGAAAAGUGUACAGAGCAGCAGAAUCCGCGUGUUGUCCUGGUACAGUGCAGACCGCAGUAAUAACAGACGGGGAGGCUCAGAGCCGGUGCGGUGUUCAGUGUGGAUGUAUGCAGGAAUGUUGUUCCUCCGCCGUUCAGAAACAAAGACGAAGUUUGUUCAGCUGACGCUUUUUCUCCAACUAAUCAUCAUGUUUGAAUCUGCAGUAUGCUGCUCAGCUGGUUCAGGAGGAGCGUGAGAGUGUGUGUGAGAGUGUGUGUGUAACUAAAGGUGUGUGUGUGUGUGUGUAAUUAAUAUGUUGGCUGGUUUAAAUGUCAGCAGCAGUUCAGAGAAGUACAGUUAGCCACACCAGAAAAAACCUCUUCUAUUUAAAUGGUUUUUUGAGAGUAAAACAUAAAAAUACAACAGAGUUUGUGAGGCUCAAAUAUGAGAGAAAAACAGUCAAAAUUUCAUCAGAAUAAAUUCGUAAUAAUUGGAGUGUAAAAACCAUAAUUUACUGUAAUUUUAGCAGUAAAAUGAGUGAAAUCAUCUUAGUAUUUCCUCUAAAAGCUCUUUGUUUGGAGCGUCUUGUAUUUCAAUAAACAUAAACAUACAGAUGAACAGGCACCAUUAAAGCUCCAUUUAGGAGUUUUUCAGUGUUAAUGAAAUAGACUGAAUUUCAUACUGAUGCCUUUUCACAACGUUCUAAAGCAAAUGAGACCACCAGCAACAAAACUGAGGACUUUUAUUCUGUAAUUUUUAAUACCUUAAAAAAAGUGCGAGGGUCAGUGUCAGCCAAGCAGCUGAAGAACAACCCUGUUUUUACAAUAACUAUAAUAACUAUAAUAAUAUAUAAUUAUAGUCUGCAGGGGGCACCGAAGUUGCCACAAACCCAGAGUUCCUCACUGAGGCUUUAAUUAGAUCAGUAAACAAUAAAAGGAGGAGUCUUUAAAAAAAAAAAAGGGGCAAAAAGAAAAAUAUAAAUUUUGUGGAGCGGUUAGUGCUCUGACAGGAGAAAGGAUGGAUAGUUUCCUGGAGCAGGUCUAAAAUCAGUAAGAACGUUUGACCCAGGAUCAGCUCCUCUCGUAAGGGUCAGAGCAGGUCAGCGUGUCCCCUCCUGUUUCCUGAACAAUGUCCUGAUUUCAUGUUCAUCUUUUUCCACUGCAGGAAAUGUUCUCAUCCCACCUGAAUGAAGAUAACAACCAACACAGUCUGAGUCAUUUUAUUGACAUCAGCUCAGCUGUUUGCUGUUUUUAAUCCAAGGAAAUCAGAACAGAGUCUAGGUUUUUGAUUGUCAUCAUCAUAUCACAGCCUGGGAUAAGGGGUUUUAGUCUAAAUGAAGUGAUUUUAAUUAAAAUAAGGAUAAAAAAACUCAUAAAGCUCUCCUCUAGUCAGAUUAGUGAAACUUCAGCUCUUCCAGAGACUUUUAUCUUCUUUGUAAAGACAGAAACUCUGUUUUUAGUCUGAAAACAGUUAAGUGAGCGAGGAACAGAUUAAAAACAGAUGAGAGUGAGAGAUUCAACAAGAGGAAAAAGACAAAGAGAGAGAGAGAGAGAGAGAGAGAGAGAGUGAGAGAGAGAGAGAGAGAGAGAGAGAGAGAGAGAGAGAGAGAGAGAGAGAGAGAGAGAGGGGAUCCUGCAGCCAAACAAACCUCUGAACUGAAUUAACUGACUUGUGCUGUGCGUGUGUGUUUGUGUGUGUGUGUGUGUGUGUGUAUGUGUGUGUGUGUGUGGGUGGAUGGUGAGUGGGUGGGUGGGUGUGUGUGUGUGUGUGUCCAGGGUGGGAUCCUUCUUCUUGCUGUUGGAAAAAGCUGAAACUCCCAGGAACAAAUGACUCACACACUUUAACACACUCGACUUAAACAGGUUUAAUGUACACCAGCUACAACACACACUUUAACACACACUCAAAGAUCAGACCUCGAGGAUCUGAUCAUAUCAAGUUUGCAGAACUAGUUUACGUUCGUAUUUGUCAGCAUUAGUCUUACGCUUGAGCGUUUUGUCUGAAUUUGUUGUUUUUAUAUGAAGCUGAGGGAUUUUCCUUGAACCAGCUGACACAGAAGAAAAGUUUUACUCUGCUGAGGUUUUAAAGUCUUUCUAGAUGUGUGUGCAUGUUUCCUUCAAGGUCACAGAGGUCAGGAAACAGAACAUGUCUGUGUUUCACUUUCUGUCCAUAAAUCUCUCACCUGACGCUUUUUGAACUCGCUGGUUUCCCUCCUGUAUGUAUUCAUGCUGUGCCACAUUUACUUUAGACGUGGGUAUCAGUACCACAGGCUGGGAAUGACGUCACAUUGGAGCUGACAGCGUCACAGGUUUGCCAUAAUGAGAUGAAGUUGGUGAUUGACUUGAGGUCGUAUUCGUCACAGAUGUGUCAGGAAAACACAUUUUUUGAUUAAUAACUUAUUUUAUUAGUUCACCUGUUGCAUAUCAGCUUUUUGCUCAAAUAUGAUAUUUAAUGUGGUUUUAAAUCAAGCAGCAACCUCCGGCCUUGAGAAAUGAAGCUAAUGCGAAAGUGCUAAAAACUGCAGUUCCUCCUGUGUCCACUAGAGGCUGUCUGCAGAAGCACCGUAAACCACAUACACACUAAGCCAAAAAAAGUCACUUUUAAGUGCAGAAAUGAACGCGUUUACAGCUCGGUUCAGACAAUGGUAUUAGAGUAGUUCGGGGCUUCCGCGGUACCUACUGCAUGGUGUAAAUAUGUUAGUUUUGUAUGUUUAAGGUUAGAAGAUCAGCGAAUCAGAGGCAUAGUUGACUUCACUGACAGGCAAGAACACUGAAACCACUUAUGAGGAGGCCAAAGGUCCACCUCUGGAGGGUUUACAGUGAUGAAGUUCUGCUGAAGAGCUUCAGAAACAAAGGGGUGAUGACUCCGAUGCCAUGUCCUUGUUUUUCAUCACCAUUCAGACUGUUUUCAUUUUAUACGAUUAUCGGACAGGACAUAUCUCAUCAACAAUGUUCCUUCAUCUGUGGUGGUUGGAGAAGUAUUGAACUGCUUUAAUCAAACAAAAGUGUCAUCCAUUUUUCAAAAGAAUAUUACUUUAGAGGUGACCUUACUGUACAGGCUGUAAUAAAGAGCUAUAAAAAGCUCACACACCCAAAACUGUUUCUCAGCGUGCUGUUUCUUUUAUUGCACCUGCUGGAGCAGAACAACUUGUCGGCUUUAUUUCAGGACAAAGAGUUUGCUGACAUUAUGUAAUUUACAACAUCAUUAGGAACCGCACCACUAAUCAACAGGACUCAGUAGAAAUACCUGCAGAGGGAGGGGAGGAGGAGCUGCUGCUUUAAUUACAACGAUUACGCAAAUGAGAUGAAGGUAACACAUGAUGACAACAACAUGUGAAAUCAUGCAGACAGAAAGGAUUUUUUAAUCACUUUUUCAAGCAUGAUCAAUUACAUCAGUGAUUUUUGUUUCCUCACAUGUGGCUAAGACAAAGGCAAAGAUCUGUCACAUGUUAGAGGAUAUUUUCAUAUACAAACCUGGAGAGGCGUAAACAGUAGUUACACUCUGCACAGUGUAAAAAAUAUUCAUCACACAAUAAAAACAAUAUCUAGUGCACAUUAGAAAAUAAAUGUUAUAUUGUCAUACUGCACAAAAAAUUUCAUACUGUUUUUGAAAUUAUGUUUAAUGCACCAUAUAAAUGUAAACUUGUCUGUAGAGAAAUAUAUACACUGAAUAAUUAAGUGCAUGAAUGACAAGUGUAUUAGCAGUAUUAACAGUUUGUUAUGCACAGUAAAAUUAGGUCCAUCACAUAUUUGAUGCAUAAGCAUAUACAAUAGAAAUGUAUAUUUUAUCACUGCAGAAAAAUGUAAAUUUCAUGGUAAAAAAAAAAAAAAACUUCAGUCACAUUGAAAUGCUGCAGGGUGAAAAAAAUACUGCUCUAAAGGUUGUGUUAAAUUCACAGUGUAUUUUUGUGUUUCAAUCGUGUUGUUUUUUGCUGAAAUUUCAUACAAAUAAACGGACAUUUAAGACUUAAUUUAAUCGUACGACAGAUUUAAAACUCGCCUCAGUCUGAACUUCUCUGUAUCUUAUUACGUCACUUCUAUCCCAGUCACUCCUUCCAUCUCACACACACACACACACACACACACACACACACACACACACACACACACACACACACACACACACACACACACACACACACACACUAAAAGUACAUACCAGGGCGUGUGUGUGUGAUGUAAUUUGUUCAGGGUUAAAUAAGGCUGCUGCUCUGCUGUAUUUCUUCAUUCAUUUCUAAAUCUGUUUAAUUUUUGGUUCAUAAUUUGCAUGUAUUGAGCAGGAGAAACCAGCAGGGGGAGCUGUGGUCAAAUCUUAAUAACACUAAACAUACUGUACUGUACAGAGGGAUUGUUUUCUUUUUAAUGACUCUACGAGUUUGAUAUGAACUAUAAACAUUUAAAUAAUCUAUCCUCUUUUACAUACGAUCAUCUGCUGAUAAAUUCAAUUAAACUUUUGUUUUUUCCUGUAAUCACCUCUGCUUGAUUUAAAGCGACUUUAAUUUAAUGAAACUGUAACAGACAGAAUAAUAAAGUUCAUCAACAGUAUUUUAAUAGAAACAAUCAAACAAAAACUCAAGUUUGCUAAAUACUUAAAGUGUAUUACUGCAAAAAAGAAUGAUUAUUAUUAUUAUUAUCAAUUUUGUUAUUAUCACUGAUUUCUCUACUAAUCUUUACAAGUUUUUUGUUGAUCAUUAUAAUCAAAAAUGAUAACAUGAGAUUUUACAAGGAAACUUUAUGAAAUAUUCAUGUCAACAAACAAAAUCAAAUAAAACAGCUUAAAGACACAAAACUCACUGAUCCUGGAGGAUCCUGUCACUUUGAUGUGAAUGAGAUUCAGUAUCUGCAGUUUUGGUUUUGUAGUAAAAUUACAUGCACACAUUGUUUGGUCUGCAGUGUAAAUAUAUUAAUCCUCUUUCCUUCUCUUGUUGUCUUCCUCCCUCCUCUCCAUACUUCCUUCAGGUCGAACCUCCAGAAGAAAACGUCCUCCUUCCCUCUUCUUCCUCCUGACGGCUGGUCUCUCAGAGGGGUAAGACACUCAUUGAUACUGAACACUGCAGUAUACAAAAAUGUCAUGAGUAAGAAAUGUAGAGCAGAGGUGAAGACCAAAGACUGUAGGAAGUAUUGUCUCAGUUUCACUGAUGUCCUCCAUUGGUUUAUGAAGUGGUGUUUUGAAGUUUAAUGAUGGUAGUGAGGCACCUUAUGGGAAAAGCUGACUCAGGCCUGACAAAAGCCAAAGAGGAGGAGCUGAAGCCUUUAGCCGCCUUGCUAACAGAUACAUCGUGCCUACCUGUCAGUCCAGUCAGUUGUGCCUUAUGACCCUCAUAACCCUAUAUUCAUUUAUUGUUCCUGUAACAAAAAUUAGCCUUUUUUGAAUGGGUGUGUAUGUGGCUUCAGGUGCUUUUGGAACCAACCCCCAAGUGGACAGUCGAGGAACUGCAGGUUUGAGCCUCCUACAUUGGAGGUGACGAUCCUCUGAGCUGAAUUUCCACUGGAUAAAACGUCAGCUUUAUCUGGUUAUUCCUUGAGUGCAUGAUUUAAAUAAGCGGUAAACUGUGACUGCACUCAUUUAAUAGAUCAAAAACCUCAGUGUUAGCUGUUUAAAGAGGAAAACGCAGCUGGAAUAACAAACUCUGCAGACAAGAUCAUGUCCGCACCACAAUAUGAAACAUUUGGUGCUUGUAAUCAUGUCAAAAUGAAAUACUGAAAUAUUGAAAUUCAGCAUAUGCAGCUGUAAUAGUGUCUGGUUGGAGUUUGAUUAAUUUAGCUGGAUUACAUGGUAGAGUUGACCUCAUGUGCACGGUGGUAGCCUAGCUUCCUCUCUGGUUUACUGGCACGUUUCCCCAACAAAGAGGCUGAGCUGACCGGGAUCCUCUGUGGGAAAUCACCUAAUUAUCAACAAGAACCUUGUAAAACCACACUCCAAAAUAACCCGAAUAAGCCGCCCCUCCCUCAGUGAAGAAUCUGAGUAUUUUUGCAGCAGUGGUUCAACUUUCUGGAUCAAACUGGUGGCAGCAGAACAAUACCACCAUGGUGUCAGGCCUCUGGAGACCCUGAAAAUCCCAGCAAACUAAAAUUAUCGUUAAACUGAUGAAAUGAAAUGUUGGCUGUAAAAACUGUCCGUCUAAACCCCCUUAAGAAUUGUCUCAAAACUAUACAAAGGUUUGUUGAAGCAACAGGGAAAAAACACAAUGUAUAUAAAAGAGAAAUGGGAAAAGGAACUCGGCAUUGAAUUAUCUGAGAGUGAUUGGCAGACCAUGCUCAAGACCCAACAUACAUCAACAAGUUCUAAAACAUGGAGGGAGUUCGGUUGGAAAAAUUUGACACGUCUAUUUAUUACACCAAAAAUCAAAAAUAAACAAUUAGGUCAACAACAGCAUUGUUGGAGACAAUGUGGGCAACUGAAUGCCAACCACUCUCAUAUAUUUUGGUCAUGUACGAAAAUACAGACAUUUUGGGAUGAGGUCCUGAGAGUCAUGGGUAAAGUUUUUGGAUAUAAUUUACCCAAAGAUCCCCGGUUUAUUUAUCUUGGACUGAUAUUAGAAGAUGUAAUGGGUAAAGAGGACAUAUACCUGUUCAAGAUCCUAUCUCUUGCAGCUAAGAAAGCCAUCACAAGAACUUGGCUAAGAACUGAUCCACCUGAACUGAGUGACUGGCUGACCAUUGUAGAGGAAAUACGAUCAAUGGAACAAAUGACUUACAGACUACGAAUUAAAGCUGAGCUAUAUGCUGUAAGAUGGACUAAAUGGCACCUGUAUGUAACUGAGUAGUGUUUGCCCCCCUUGUUCUUGUUCUUGUCUUGUUUUGUUUUGUACAAUAUUUGCGUGUAUGUUUGAAAGUUUGCCUUUAAAGAUAAAAAUAAAGUUAAAAAAAAAAAAAAAACUGUCCGUCUAAUGAGGCGAGUGUCCUUGAAAUCAGCUGAUAAAAAUAGGUUUUUAAAGCUGAGUCUACAGCAUUUGAGUCUUUAGUGCUGGUGUCUCCGUGUCUCCUGCAACUCCUAAUUAUAGACGGCCUGUUUCCCCCGACUACCGUCACUUCCUGUUUGUCCAAUGGGAACUGGCGGACACACACACACACACACACACACACACAUUGUGAAGGGUUCCUCUUCCUGAGGGUCUGCAGAUCCACUCAGAGAGGAGGUGAAGCUGAAGAGGUUCAGAGGAGAAGGACACAGAGAGGAGGAAAGCGUUCAGGUGAAGAGGGGAGAAAAGAAGGUGGAAACGAGGAGAAAAAGAGGCCAACAGAGGAGGAGAAGAGAGAAGUGACAAACUGGAGGAGGAAGAGGAGGAAGAAGAAGGCCGUGUGUGGAAAUCAGAAAAGAAAUGUGACUGUGGAGGAGGUGAUUUAAAGGAGGAGAGAAGAAAAAGAGGAGAGAAGAGGACAGCUGAUGUGAUUUUGGAUUUAAAACAGAGGAGAAGAAGAGAAAGAGGAGAAGAGGAAGAAGAGGAGCAUCAGAUGGUUGUUUGCAGACAGAGUUCACUCAGUCUUGGCUGUGUUGGAGGAGCAGAUCUAGUCUGAUGAUGGGAUGCUGUCUGUUUGUUUACUACCGGGUGAGUUUGUGCGGUUGUUGGCAGAUUCAUCAUAAUUUCAGGAUGAGCAUCUCCAAUAAACACGUCACAUAAAUAUGAAAAAAACAAACUUAAUAUAACUAAUGCAUCAUUUAAGAAUAUCUCCUGCUAAGAUUCAGUUAUUCACCUACUCUGUUCACACCUGGACCUCGGACCAGGUUCAGGAAUCUAGUUUUACAAAUACAAGUUUUCAGUCUCGUCCCUGAUGGCUGUGUUUGCUUUUGGACAUCAUGAAAAGGGAUUAGAAUGAAUUUCAGCCCAUUUCUCAAACGUCAAAAAACUCAUCAGAGGAGCUUUAUUAAGCAGAUAGUGCUUUGACCACAGGGGGCGCCAAAAUAGACACAAACAUUGCAGGAGCUUUGAGGAAGCUAACAUGACCCAACUGUUGAGAUUUAAUCCAGAUAAGUGUGGCUCUAAAGCACUGGCAGAUACUUGUCUCUUUAAGUAAAAACAAACAAACCUGUUUUAGUUUUCAGUUUGUUGAUCUUGUGCAGACACGUGGGGUUUGUAGUCCAUAAAUCCUCACCUGCUGGAUGUUUCCAUGUUCCUCCAGGAUCUGCUGGUGUGACUGUUUCAUUGAUGGUAGAUGAUGAAUCUCAAAUGCAUCCAGACUCUCUGAACACACUGACUUAGAGCUCCUAUGACUGCAGUGUGCUCUGUACAGCCGGAGGCCUGCGUACGGCCAUGCUCUUAGUUUUUUUAAUUAAGCCUCAUCUAGCUGUCAGUGAAGAACUGAGUUUGUUGGAUUUAAUUUGAAUUGAGGACAGACAUGUUGCAAACUGAUGCUGUAAACUGAAUUGAUCUUUUCAGUAUUUAUGAACGGCACAGGAUAUCAUUGCAGUAUCAACCAAUGCUAAUUUACAUGGUAUUUUCUUUAUGCAGACUCGCACUAAUACCCCUGCAGAGUCCAGGUUGAAGACAUGUUACUUUCCUCUUCAGUACAUCGUCUGCAUUACCAUCCGCUGUUUUAGAUAUCCCUCCUCAAACAAAGUUCAAACAUUUCUUGCUGCACAGAUUUUGCAAACUAACGUGCACAUGUGACUUGAGAGACCGAGAACUUCAUGCAGCAUCUUAACUUUCGCUUUAUGCUUUAUCCUGAAUGUUUGGUUUUAUUUGAUUUCACUUCUUUUUUGUUUUAUUUCUUUGAAAAUGGUCUCAAAUGUGCAGAGAGGAUUCACGUGUGGUUUUGUCGUUCACUGAUUUACACCAAGUUUCAGAGAGUUGUAAGAGGUCACUGUGGGGUUUAGAUAACAGACCAAAUAUGGUAAAGAUGACCAGACUCCGCCCCCUCCUCCUCCACUCUGGUCGCCAUAGCGACAAUGAGUUAAAGGUAAAGUCUGGCAGGUUAUAUAAUGUCCGGCCAACAACAAAGUCUGAACACAAUACUGAACAAACAGCAGACUUCCUGCUAUUGUUACACACAGCUACACAACAAGCUGCCUACAUCCUCCUCCAUUUCUCCUCCCUCCUACCCUUACUCCUGCUCCACAUCCUCCUUCUCCUCCUGCACCUCCUGUCUCUCCUCCUUCUUGUCAAACGUUUCCUCCUCCUCUGUCUCCGUGUCCUUCUCUAUGUGCUCAUCCUUAAAUGAACCCUUCAUCCUCUUCCUCCCCUUUCUCCUUAUUAUCAUACUUAUACUUCUGCUUUCCUCCUUAUCCCUCCUCCUCUCCUCCUCUACAUUCUCUCCUCUGCUUCCUCCCGCUCUUUGUCCUCCUCCUCAUAAAGCUUUCUACUCUGCUGACUUCACAUCCUUAUUCUUCCUCCUCCACUGUGUGUUGCGCCCUUCUCCUUCUCGUGGGUUAGGGAGGAGAUGGACGAGGGUUAGAAAGUGUUUCUGUUCUAUUGAUUCUGGGUCGUAUUGAUUUUUAAUUCAAGUAAAUUUACAGAGGAAAAAUGAAAGUUUCACAAAUAAAUUAAGUCUGUCUCUAUUGUUCAUGUCCCUUCGAUUAAAAAAAGGAUAAAAAUCACUCUUUCUUAUCAGGAUGGAUCACACCAGGAAAUUGAAAACCAGAAAGACUGAAACUAACAAUUGAAAUAUGUAACUAAAGCACUUUGGACAAUAUCAUAUUAUAAACAAUGUAAACACUGUGGAACAACAUAAGUAAAGAAGUGAAACUCUACCACAAAUCACAUCACUCCAUCUUCUUCCUUUCAAUCAUCUUCCACUCAGCACCCCUCCUCCUCCUCUCUUCUUUGUCUCCUUUCCUCCUUUCCUCUCUUGACCUUCCUUCACCAGUUUGAACUUCCUCCUCCCUCCCUUUCUCCCUUCCUCUCGCUUCCUUCUCCCUGAAACUACAGGCCAUGGGAUGAUCUCCUUUAGCACAUUACCUCCUUUCCUUGUCUCCUCUCUUCUCCUCCUCUUCGUCCUCCUUUUCCCCCUCCUCUUCCUCCUUCUUUUCCUCUUCCUCAUCCUCCUCUUUCACUCACAGCUGUUUGCCCUCGGUGACCCAGCUCAUCAGGUGCGAUUGCUUCCUGUUUUUUGUCGCCUUGGUAACACACAGGAAGAGUUUGUCUUUGUUCUUGUGUAGAACUGCACACGAACAACCGAUAAACAUGUAAAACAUGAUAAACAUGAUAAACAUACUGAUGUGAUUGUAAUUUCAAAACAAUAAAAAAGCAUUACUGUGUGAAUCAAUCAGGAGAGAUAAAUAUAUAUAUGCAGGUGCAAACAUGUGAAAGUGUCAGACCUCAGACCUGCAGAUUUCAUGGUUUAUACUGAAUCCAAGUCUUUUAUACUGACUUUAUUCCUGUAUGUCUCAGUGUCCUCCAUCUAACAUGCUGGUUUUCUGUGUUUGUGUUGCAGAAGAAGAGGAAGCAAACCAGCAGGGAUGCAGACUCCCUCAGUCUCUGCAGUCUGGACAUCAAUGUGAGUUCAUCUUCUCUUCAAUUUCACUUCUUCUCUGUUGUUUAUCAAAGUUUUAAAGACUUUAUCAGUUUCUUAACAAGCACUGGAUUUUCAGUGUUUGCUUGGUGACUGUUUCAGAUUUUGUUCGUAAAUAGUCAUCACUCACAGUUGAAACCAGGGCUUGUGUUAGGGUUGUUUUAGUCCCUGCAUUGUAAAAAGGUGCUUUUAUUUUGAAGUACGAGUGAUUUCCUGCAGGAUCUGAAUGAAAACAGUUACAGGUACAAAUGCUGACGGAUGAGUAUCUUUAAGAGACACAAACUUCAGUGUUGCUGCAGGAUUCACAGUGAAUCUCUUCUCAGAGUUGGUACAAACUUUCUAAUUGAAUAGAGCGUAUAUAUGUAUAGUACAUGCUGUUCUCUAAUAAUGCACAAUAAUUACAUUUAUGGCCUGCAAAAGUCUAAAACCUGUGAAUAGUGACGGCUGGAUUAUCCUUUCUAUCACCUCAACUCUUUGGUGUCUCCUUUGCCUUUGCUGUCAUUUCCAUCUGAGUGUGUUUGUGCUGCAUAAAUCCAACCAUCAAUCAUAUUUGUUUGGAUUCAGUGCAACUCAUCAAAGCUUGGAUCUGUGUUUGUUUAAUUCACAGCCAAAAAAAACGAGUUUCUGUCCAGAAGAGAAAUUACAAAGAGAAGAUCUGACAUGUAGGAAACGUGUUGUAUACACACACGUCCUUGGAUGCAGUCUUCAGCUCAUUCACUUGACUCUGCUGGAGUUUUGUGAUGAUUUUUGGUUCAAUACUGCCACCUGCUGACCAGUGGGGUCAUUUUGCAAGAAGCUUCGUUUCCAUUCUAAUCAGAGUUUCUGUUUGUAGUUAUCUGAUGACUCUCUCUUUGGUUAUUUAAAUCCUUUAUAGGUCAAACUGUGCUUGAAAUGUUAAUUUUGGGCUGCUGAAAACUGUUUUGGGUCUCUUGUCUCUUUUUAGAAAAAGUGUUUUUAGACCAUGAUUGAUUUGAUAUUUUUUUUCCAGAGAAAAAGUAAAAAAAAAUACUUCUUUUGGCCAAAAUGAGUUUGUCCUUAUAAAAUCCAUUUAAAUCUUUCCCAAAUCCAGUUUUAUUAUUUUACUAAAUUCUGUUUUUUUCCCUUGAGAUAAUUUUGAAUGCUGUGUUUUUAUAACAUGACCACAAUUCUUCAACUGAGGAGUGUCUAAUCAUGUGGCUGAUAACUGUCAGCUCAGGUUUACUAAAAAAGAAAGUAAAGAAACAAAACUGGCUUUAUUGGAGUUGUGAAUUGUUCUCUACUGGACUCACUCUUCAUGUCGAUAUUCAGGACAGCCGUAUUAUACUCCCCUGUUUAUAGCUGAGGUAGUGACUCUUCACUUUGUCAUAUCCAACAUGGACUGUGGAUCUAUUGUAUAUACUCUGACCCUCUGGGGGGCCUCAGACCUUGUGUUGGACCCCCUCUUUGUGUAUAUGUGUGUGUAUUUUUAUCCUCCUGCUAGUGGCCCGUCCUUUUCCGGGCGUUUCCCUCCCCGCUCAGUCUAACACAGGAUGUCCACCCUUUUCGAUACACCCGGUGUGACAAAUAAACCCAAACACACCAUCAAUCUUCUUUAGCCUGGGGCCAAACCGAACCUAGAAUAAAUGACCCUCUAUUGUUUCUGCGCUGUCACUCCCUCAAGUGACUCACACACACUCGUAUUGUGCUCCGACUGAAAACUCAAGGACCUGCUUUGACGGCGGCGAGAAUGUCAACAAGAGUCUGAGUGAAAAGACGGACAAAAACACUCAAGGAGGUCCGGGUCUUUCAACUUUGAGAUAAAAUACUGUAAAUUAUUUUUAUUUAGGCACAAAAGAUGCUUAUAUAUUUCACAACACAGUGCCCUAAAAAGUGUUGUUUAUCCUAAAAAUAUAUUAGGAAUAAAACUUACUCGUGUCCUGUGAAUGCCACAGAUUUGCCAAUGACAAUAACAAAGUGAUUUGUAUUGCACUGAAUCAUAUCAUAUAGUUUUGUAUUGUAUCAUGCCGCACUAGUACUCUUACUAGCCAAUUUAAAAGCAUAUUUUUAAACAUUUUUUUAUUGUUGUUUAUUGUUUUAUAGUCUUGAGUAUCUUACUUUUCAAAUGUACAGUAGCAAUCAUAGAUCCUUUCAUAUCCUGUCACAUAUUAUUUUAUGUUCUCCUAUUAUACAAUAUUAUAUCAUAAUUUAAUGUAUCAUAUCCCUACCGUACCCUAUCACAUCAAAUCAUAUUAUAAUGUAUAUAACUGUGCCUUAACUUGAGUGUAGGAUAUUAUCAGCAAGAAGUUCAUAGUAUAUUAUUGACAGACAAUUAUAGUAACGUCCGUUCAUUAUGCACAUAUAAUAACAGCUUGAAAUUACAGGAAAAAAUUUAGUUUUCUUCACAAUGAAGGCAAAAAUCCAACAUCCUGAAUCCCUAAUUCUGUUCACUCCAAUUGUAGUGAAUGAUUUUGUAUUGUAUCUUUCUAUACCUUUUCUUAUCCUAUCAUAUCAUCUUAUUUUUAUUAAAUCAUAAAUCACAAUAAAAUUGUAUCAGAUCACAAAUCUUAUCAAAUUGUAUUAUAUCAGUUUUUGUAUCACAUCAUAUCUUUAUGUACAACCCUAUUCUGUCACAACAAACCAUAUCAUACUGUGACAUAAAAAAGUAUGUUGUAUUCUAUUGUAUUGUAUCAUACAUGAUCACAUCCUAUACUUUCAGAUAUAUCCUUAUAUAUCAAAUCAUGUUGUAUCGUUAUGGACAGUGUGCCAUGAAGAAGCAUGGCGUAACAAUGCAUAAUGUAACGAAAGAGGCAGACCAUUCUGUUUACCGUCUAUGGGUGUGAUGUCGCAUAGCAUGAUGUCGCGUAGUGUCACGCUACGUACUGUAUCAAAACAUCAUAUCAUAUGGCACAAUAUCGUAAUACAAUACAUCACUUUGUGUUGUACUGUAGAUAGAUAGAUAGAUAGAUAGAUAGAUAGAUAGAUAGAUAGAUAGAUAGAUAGAUAGAUAGAUAGAUAGAUACUUUAUUAAUUGUAUUGUAUCCUACCCUAUCCUAUCUUAUCAAAUUAAAUCAUAUCAUCACAUAUCAAAUCUGAUAGUAUAGUAGUGUAAUGUGUUAGUAUUGGAUCCUAUCAAGUUGUAACCUCUCUUAUUUAAUUAAACCUUUUGAUAUUGUGUCCCAGCAUAUUGGAUUGUAUCACAUGAUUACAAGAUAAUUACAUAUAUUAUAUAUUGCAGUACUUUUUGAUCCCAUUGUUUUACAUUUUGUGUUGAUUCAAGUUACAUCUUGUCAUAUUGUAAUUGGUUUUAAUUUUCAUUCAGCAGAGUGAUAGUUCAGUCUUUAACUGACUGAUGUUUCUCCUGUUACUGGAGUUGUUGUGAUGGAGGCUCAGGGACCCAAAGAGGCUCAGGGACACAGCUCUUAAAGUGUACACAGUCCUCCAGAGCUGGACCUCAUUUACUCUGGAGGUUUCCGCUCAGGACCAGAUCAGUUAUAGAUGUUUUCACCAGUUAAUUAAUUUCUGCUGAGCGCCUCAGGGUCACACCAUAGAUCACCAAUUAUUGAUGUGGUUUGUGAACUGAGGUCAGGGGUUAGUAAACCGUGAUACCAACAAGUUGUUUUCCCCCCCCCCGGCAUCAAUACAGCUGCCUGGCCUUCAAAAUAAAAGCUGGAUAUUUUUAUUCCAGAUAGUUUGAAGGUGGAGUGAUGGUAGAUUUUAGGAAAGGUUGACCACAGAACUUGAAAGAACCCACUUAUUACCCAGCGGUGGCAUUUACUCUAAAUCUUGUUUUAAAGUUGGUUUUAAAUGGUAAUAAAUGCAAACAUUAAAAAAAAAUUAGGGGCCUUCAAAUGUGGUAGUGUUUACUGUAUUUGCAAAAACAGACCAUCUGAAGUGAUGGUUUGAAUUUUUGACCCAUUCCUGUCCUAUUCAGAGUCGUGUAUAUCAUGUUUUUCUGAAAGCUUUGAGAUGUGUCAGAAGACAUUUUCAGGGAUGAUUGUCAUGGUCUGGAAUUGAACAAAAAGGGGAAAGGACCCAAAUGCAGAACGAAAAAAGAUUUAUUGAAAGAACAAAAUAAAAAGCAACGAAAACUUACUUAAAAUGUCCAACUGAAGAGGAGGGAAAACUGAGGAAGUAAAGCAAGAUCAUAAACACAGGGAAUAUACUACAACAAAAUAAAACAGGAAACACUAACAACUGAUAUAAAGAAUAAAACAGAGAGAAAAGGAGGGAAACAGGGUCAAACAAACAAACUGAAAACUCACAAGACAGGACUACAGGGGAACAGGAACAACAGGGAACAGAAACACUUGGGACAAAUACACAGAAAAAACACAGGAGCCAACAAAGUGCAGCUUUAAUUCUGUAGUUCAUCUUCCCCUGAUGAUGAAUUUGACUUGAUUAACACAGCCGGCUGAUGAGUAAGAAUGCCAAGUAAUAAUGUUAUGUAAGUCAUUGUUUUCGUUCAACCUGGGAAAAGGUCACCAAGUGGCAUAACCCUCAUCUGGGGGUAAUAAUAAAAAAUAAAAAAUAACUGACAUACUUUUCACAUCCCUCCACAUUUCCCAGGCCCAUUCUAAAUGAAAGCACUCUUCUCUUUAUUGUACUCUAGUGUGUCACAGUUCAGGAGAAAUAAGGUGGGUUUGUCUGAAUUCCUAGAGAGACCGGAAUCUAAACCAGCAGUGAGGACUCAGGGCGUCUACAGCCCACCUGCAUCAUUAAAAUCAAAGAACAAUUGAGGCACCAACUUCCAAUCUGUGUGUCUCAGGCCCUGAAACACGUUAACGGUUCUUCUCAGAGAAGUCCCAGCUUUCUAGGGAAACCACUGACACAUUUUUAACUGACACAGUGAUCAUUGUUGUUAAUAUAAAAAUGAGACUUUUCUGAUUGUUUUACCUACUUAACUCAGUAAACAAGUGUUACCUCAAAGAUGUAGUGGUUUGAGGCCAAAGUGGGGGGUUAAAACCUUCCCAAGAGCAAGUAAACACACAUGUUCACACACAUGUAUUGAUUAUAAAACUACUGUAGAACCAGGGCAGAGCUUUAGCUGCCUGCAGGCCUUUUUCACUCUCUGCCUUUUUAGUAAUUACUCUUCAGAUUAACAUUGACUUCUGUUUGAGCCCUGAAAGUGUAAAUACACAGUAUGCACUGUGAGACAUGAGAAUAAACUGCUGAACAUAGAAAGCAAAGACAAAAUCAGAGCCAGCCGGUGUAGUAGUACCCACUGUGCGUUUUGCAAGGCUUGCAAUAUAUCUGUACACUAUUUUUUUUGCGAGAUAGUGACACAGUCAGUGGCACACUCUUUUUUUUAUUUAAUGUGCAAUUGAUAAAUGAAUAAUGAAUAAAUAGAUUUCAAAGAAAGAGCAUUGUUUCCUUCCUUGGAUAAAUACAAGGCAAGAAAUUAUGACAAUUACAUGCUCAUGCGGCAAAGCAACCUUGUUUCUUGGGCCUGAUUAAAAAAAAAAUCUCUGUUUUUCACAAGCCAAUGUCAAAAUGUUUGCUAUAGGAUAAGACAGGAUUAAUGUGAUAUGAUAUGAUACUCUUUGAUAUGGUUCAAUAUGAUAUGAUGUGUAUAAUGUAAUUCCAUGAAGGAACAUGUUGGAUAGAAAAAUGUAGAACUUUACAUGAUAUGAUAUAAUAUGAUAUGAUAUGAUAUAUGACAGUAUAUGAUAUGAUUGGUUGGGAUAGGAUAUGAUGGGAUAUGAUAAAACAGAAUACAAUAUGAUAUGAUAUGAUAUGAUAUGAUUUAAUAGGACAGUAAAUGAUAUCAUUGGUUAGGAUGGGAUAUGAUGGGAUAUGAUAUGGUGCGACAUGGUACAGUAAGAUAUAUGAUCUACUGUGCAAAGAUUUGCUUUAAAAUGAUCCAACACAGCAUGAUUCACUGCUCUUAGAUUUGAUAGAAGAUAAUAUAAGUUGAUAUAGUACAGUGUGAUACGAUAUCAUUCAGCACAAUAAGAUACAAUAUGAUAUUGUAUCAGACAAUAUAAUGUGUGUAGUUAUUUUGCCGGGCAGCUGGUUACUUCAUGUUUACCAACCAGAAUGUAGACACUGAAGAAACGGUGCAGAUUUUGGGGUCUAGUUUCAGUGGUGGGUCGAUAUGAAUUGUGAGCUUUAGUGAGUAUUUUCAGAAGCAGGACAAUUUUUUUAAGAGUGACUGAGAAUGGACUGACGAAAAGUUACAUUAUCAGACUUGAAUUUAGAGAAAAUGCUCAUUGAUUGGCAAAAAUCAUUAUUGUCAUUACUGGUUUGGGUGCUUUUAUGGAAUUCAUGAAGAGUCAAUGUAUACAGCAACACAAUCUUUGAGUAGGGUACCUCAGAAAACUACUUUUAGCUCUCACUAGAAAAACGAGGCAGACAAAGGUUAGCAAAAAGUACAGGGGAAAGGAAAGGAAGGAAGGAAAUGAAGUGAGUGAGUGACUGAGUCAGAGAGAGAGAGAGAGAGAGAGAGAGAGCGAGAGAGAGCGAGCAAUAACGAGCUGUUUUCAGAUGGACUGGGAGUCUAACUGGGGUAGGGUGAACAACCAUCAGAAGAGGCAGAUUUAAAAACUAUAUAAAGAAGACGCUGGACAGAGCAAUGAGAAAGAGAUCCAGGAGUGGGACCAGAUCUUGACUGGACUGUUUAAUUUUGGUUUUGGUGGCAGGGGACCGAACCUGAGGACCGGCUGAUCUGUGUUGUCUGUAAACCAGUACUGGGCUGGAUCCAAUAUUAUCAUUUAUCAGGAGAGACAAAGAGCUAACUUUUAGAGGGUGAAUUUUUACUAGAACAAGACUGGAUUUUUGCUUUUACCAUGUCCCACUGGGAUCUCCUCCACUUUAAGGUAGUUUUUGGAUACUAAAGCAACUAAACCUGUCAAGAUUUAAUCUGAAUCGGCUUCACAAUCUGGACUCUUUGUUGGCAUCUGAACUCUUUCAAACUAAACUCCAUCUCUGGAUGCUCCCUCGGUGAAAAAGUGAAGAUCUUUUUUUGGACUUUUUAUCGAGCAGUAUGGUGGUAGGUAACAGCCCCUGUUGCCUGAUGGUUCACCAGUUUGAGUCUGGAUGCUCUUUGGGACCGGUCAAAGUGAGCAACACCGUGGGGAAACAGGUCGAGGUAAGGUCAAGGGUAUAUCUUCAAUAGAAGUGUGAUGUGGUGCUUGGACUUAAGCUCUUUGUUCGCUAUUUCUUUGAUGUCUUGUUCAUUGGCAGCCUUUUCUCUAGUUGGAUAAAAACCUCAGCCAAUCAGAUCAGUAGAUGAGGAAAGUGGUGAUCAAUUAAAACAGCAAUGAACUUGGAUGAGAUGUUUGUGGGUUAUUAGGAGUCAGAGCUAUUGGCAGAUUUCUCCCAUCAGCACAUGGAAGCUUUAGUUUUACUGACAGUCAUUUUCCAUAGACUCUGUGCCAAAUGAAAAUGGUGUUGUGGGGACAGAUAAGUUUUGGGGGGGGUUGAUUGAUUUGCACUCAAUAACCACUCCCCCCAACCAUCAACAGGAACACAGAGCUGGAACACAUGUUGACAGAAAUAUGAUAACAAGACCUACAAACGUCAGACUAGUAUAAUACACUCCUUUAUGAACUCUGCUUUUAUCUAAACCAUCGAGGUUUGCUGUCAAAGAAGAAUGGGGAAAAAAACAUACUCCACCAGAAUACUGGCACUUCCUUUUCAAAGUUUUCUAAGGCCAUGCCCAAGAAAUCAAAACCAAGUCCCAUAAAUCAAGAUAAAGUUUAAUAGGUCAAGACAAAGCCCAGUGGGUCAAUGCGGAAUCCACUGGGUCAAGACAAAGGUUGAUGCGUCAAGACCAACCCUAAUAGGUCAAGAACACAUCCAGUAAAUCAAGGUAAAGUAGGACAAAACAUAACGGAUCCAGGUAAAGUCCACUGGGUCAAGAGAAAGUCUAAUGGUCUAGGCUAAGUGGCCAGAAUCUUAGCCCAGUACCUCUCCCAGUUCCUAUUUCAGGACAGGGUCAAUGAUUUGUCUGGGCCUGGAUCCUCUGCAAGAUCUGAACUUUGGAGUCUCUUCCAACAGUUAAUGCCUUGGGUAGUUGUAGUUGUUAGAGAGGUUCAAAGGUCUGCAUACAGGUCUUGGUCUUAUUGUCCCUGUUGGGAGUCUCGUGCCUCAAAGGAAAUUUUAACAUCACUCUCAAUCAUCUACCUCCUAGUCCUCACCUUAAGUUUUGGGGGGUUAUUGAAGAAAUGUGACUGCACAUAGAAGCUGUAGAAAUUAUCUGCAUCGUGUCUGAAUUUAAUGAUGGGCUACGGAGCUCUGAUAUCUCUAAGGAGUUCUUGAAGAACUUCUGAUCAUGCCCACCAAAAGAGAACCCUAUGAUGGGCCAGCCAUCUAAUCAGAACCCCUUAGGACUUUCUCUUUGAAAUUGUCUUUGCAUUUCUAAGAAGUAGAGGCUGGAUACCAUGUAUUUCUGGCCUGAGACUACUUUGGAAUAAAAAGUGAAGAGUUGGGAAACCAUGCUUGGAUCUGGACGAAGGUGCUUAGCCUGUCAUACAGUAACACGGCUACAGAUAACUCAUCUUGUUGUGUUCUUUCUUCAAUAAUCACAGUAGAUGUUCCUUUUGGGGAACGUGGGUUUUGCCGAUGUCUGUUAAAGUGGCUGCAUUCGGUGCUAAAGGAGUUGGACUAAAUAUAGCUGCAACACUUUUCCCUCUGUUUCCCACUUUCUCACUGUCUACUUGUGUUGUUUAAUAAAAGUAUGCAGUUAUUUAGCUUAUUUGACAAUUAUUCAAAUCAACAGGGUCACUAGAAGACAUUGAAGAUACAUUUUUACAUGCUUGUAAAAGGCAUGAUGCAAAGUUAAGGGGUUAAAAAAAGAAAAAGAGUUGUAUGUUUUAUUUUUUUUUUAUGGCAUUUAAAUUGUGUAUAUUGCAGAAAGCUUUAUUUUUUCUUCUCCCUUUUCUCUUUUCAAUUUUUUUUUUUCUUAAUUAUUACAUUUAUUAAGUUCUUAAUAUUAGGACCCUUAUUGUUAUAACUGCAUUUUGCACUUUCUGUCUUGUCUGUGAUGCUGCUGUGACAAAAAAAUUCAGGGGUUAAAAAAAGAAAAAGAGUUGUAUGUGCUGGCACAGUUUUUUUGGGGCAGCACAGCCUGAGGUUAUUCCCUUUUUUAAUCCAAACACUUUCCAAGAGAGUUUAUGAGUCAGUUAAGCUGCUCUAAUUAGAUAAACCAAUGUACUGUUGACCAACUGCACUGAAAUUGAUCUCUGCCGGAUUCAAUCAAAUGAAGUGCCAUCAAACCCAGAUCAACAUGUUCCAUGGAAACUUCCACAAUGUUGAACAAAAAAAACUAUUUGUACAAAGUACAGUAUCAUCUGCAUAACAAGAGAAAACAUGGUUUGUUUGCAUACAUCCUUUUGAUACUGUGAAUAUUUAGUGUAGUGUUAAAAAUCAUUGGACCUCCAACAGUAUUUUUGGAGGUAGUAACAAGUUUGUAGAACCUGUUGUUAGAUUUCAGCCUUUAACUUGAAGUUUGAACAUGAACUCUUUCUGGGGCUCCUGAGUGGCUGAAAACAAUAGAUGUCUGCCGGAGGCCAAUUUAUUUUUGGUCGACUGAUUCCUGACCGUGAGUGCUGAUGGAAAACAAGGUUUGAUGGUUCCUGUGUUCCAGUUGGUCAGCUGACUGCAGGGCUGACACACACACACACACACACACACACACACACACACACACACACACACACACACACACACACACACUCACUCGCUCAAAAAUACACAGACACAAGAACAUGCAAACACAUUGAUUUACUGAAAGUCUGUAUCCAGGACAAACAGCUUGGUGGUAUUUUCACACAUAGUGGCCCGAUAUCUGUGUGUGUGUGUGUGUGUGUGUGUGUGUGUGUGUGUGUGUGUGUGUGUGUGUGUAUAAAGAGUCUGGCAGACAGGGAAAGACUUUGAGUCAGUCUAUUGUUUCAAUCGACGGCACAAAGUCAACUUUCCCGCAAACUGCUAUAACACUCAGCACUCAGACAGCUGUUUAAAAACUUCAGUCCAGACAUUGUUGAGACUGAAAAGUCAUCAACACUUGCUGAGACAAAUUCUUUAAUCAGACAGAUCAUUGUUUUCAGAUGAGUGAGGAGAUCCCCGGCUUUUCUUUGUCUUCAAGUCAUCAUUGGAGUAUCUGGAAAUGGAUCUUGUUGCCUGCAGUCAGUGGGAAAGCACAUUUUGGAGGUAUUGUACAGGAAUUUUUGGAGCAUUCAGCAGCCUGGCACUAAGGAUGACUGAGUCACUCUGUAGGUUGGUGGGUAGGUCCUCCAUCUUGGUUCUUGCAGGAUGAAGUAGCUCAGCUCUAUUCUGCUGAGGUGCCAAAGAGAAGAUGUUAGGACUGAGUCCUCAUGUAGGACUGGAUUUUCGUAAAUGUAGAAUUUUCUGUGCAUGAGGCACGAAAUACAUUAUGAUGAUGAAAACUGGUUUACAGUGGGCUUAGUAUUUAGGGUCAUUUAGACAUGUGCAUCUACAUUUCCUUUUCUUAUCAUCUCUUAUUACAGAUUUAUGUGUUUGUUUUGCACUCCUUUAACCCCACAGUGAGCUGUUUCUUUGUGAGACCUACAUUAAAAUUACACUAAAAAGCAUUAAGAGUAGUUUCAUCUCCUUUAUGACUGUUUUCAGUGUAUUUGAGUAUCUUAUUUUACCUUCUCUGCUGAACUGACUCCAAAGUAAAAUGUUGUUUGGAUUGUGAGAAAUGAAUGUUUCUGGUUCAUUUUCUUUUUUCUCUGUUUGUCUGUGACUGUGAAUCUGCUCCGAAUGCUUUGGCACACUUGUGCUGCAGGAUGUCUGAGCUCAGUAUUAAAACCAAAAUGCUCCUUAUGCUUUUACAGAUCAGACUUUGCAUACAGUCUUUAAAAAUCAUGAUAGUCUGAUGUUUAAACUUUAUAUGACUGUCACUGGUAAACCUUGUUGUUUCAUUGCUCUGUAUGAAGCUGCAGACAUGAAUGCAUUCAGUAAUUUUAAGAUGUCAUAUUGUGAACUCAUCCUGUCCUGAUUGUUCAUCAUAAACAGACUUUGACAAGAUCUGCCUGCAGGCUGUAGAUUGUUUAGCAAAUGAAGAUUUCCAAGGAAUGAAUUGUGUGUUUCUAGAUUGUUUGGACUGACACAAUGAAGCAUCCUUGGCUCUGCGGCCUUGAGUCAGUCACUCACAUAUUGUUUAGACUUCACACAGUGUUAAACAAAGCUUCAGAUGACUUUCUUUUGUUAUAAUAAUCUGAACAGAGUGUGUCUCCCUCUCUCUUCCAGGAGCCGAGCACAAAGCGCAGUAAACUUGUAUCGAGGGUGACGUCGCUUGCCAACCUGCUACCGCCUGUUAAGACCGUACCGCUGAAGAGGAUUGGUCAGACUCUACAGGUGAACCACCAAUCAGAUCUCUUGGCUAGUGUUUUUCUCAUUAGUAUAUGAAACAUUGGGAAAGCUGUUUUUGUUUGCUAUUGCAUGCAAAGUUAGAAAUUUGUCUUAAACUUGCAUGAGAAAAAUACAUGUUAGAUCUUUCUCCAUCAUCUCUGCAGCGCUCCAUCAGUUUUCGUAAUGAGACCCAGACAGAGAGAACCACUGCUCAUCCUCCUCCCUCCUCUUCAUCAUCAAUCUUAAAGACACGCACCUUCCCCAUCACGGUCUCCAACUCCUCCAUGAUGACAACACGAGUUUCCACGGCAACAGCUCCAUCCUCCAAGCGCCGGGACAGCAAGCUCUGGAGCGAGACGUUUGACGUCCAUCUGGGAGCGACACAACCUCUGAGCUCAAAGGAGAUAAAACGACAGGAGGUGAGGACUGAUGAGGCUGGAGGAGGAGGAGUUUUCUUUCCUUUGAGGUUUCAAUAACUCCAUCUGAGGGGCUUUAUAGCCAUGCAUGUUUAAUUUUCCAUAAAGUUUUCCAUUUCUUAAACUUUCUCCCUCUCUCUUUCCCUUCAGGCCAUAUUUGAACUCGCUCAGGGCGAACAAGACCUGGUGGAAGACCUCAAGUUAGCCAAAAAGGUACAACAAAAAACUCUAUUUAUUUUGACAUUUCUAGUAGAUUUUUCCACUGCUGUGUCUCAAAAAUGCUUUAGUGUGUGUUUUGUGUUCACUGAAAGAAAAGGGAAGUUAUAAUUUAAGGAGAUACUUCAGUUUCAGAUUAUCCUGACCAGGGAAAAUUCUGUUUUUGGAUUAAAACUAUGAAACUAUUUAAUUAAGAAGGAAGGUUCAGACAUAGACCAGUUGAAAAAGGUACCAAAAUAUGUUUUUUAAGAAGUAGAGGAUGGAGUUUCACUCUCACUGAAUGGCCACAAAUUCUUUUAUUUCAUAUUUUUGUUCAGUUUUUGUAAAUUUAAGUUUAUUUCUUAACUUAUUUUUGUAUGGAAGUGUAAGAAUAUUUAAAUUACAUUCAUCAACUUGAUUUAUAUUGGAUAUUGAAGUAUAACAAUUUGAGCUAUUUGUUAAUUAAUUUAAUAUAUACAUUAGCUGUUUAUUGUACUUUGUAAUAUUAUAAAAGCUAUUUCUAUAUAUUAUAAUUUAGUUGUAAUAAGUUUGUGUUGUCUCAGAAAAAGAAUAGCUGAUAAUUCAACCUAUAAAACUGGAUAAGUUGAAAAUACUUGUGUUUGUAAAGGGGGUUAGAAAAGUGUGAACUCUUUGUUGGAUGUAUAAAUGAAAUAACUUUGCAUUGGGCUAGUCUUUCUAUUUUGUGUAAUAUUUGUCUCUAUUUGAAUCAAAAAUCAAAUGAUUGAGUGUGUGUGUGUGUGUGUGUGUCCCUCAGGCCUACCAUGACCCGAUGCUGAAGCUGUCCAUCAUGACAGAGCAGGAACUGAACCAGAUCUUUGGCACUCUGGAAUCUCUGAUUCCCCUACAUGAAGGUAAGAGCGACCUCUGCUGGUGAUUUUCUUGGUGCUGUUGUUUAUUAAAUCACUCUGGACUCAUAGGAUGUACCCAAAACUGCCUUCCCGUCACCUCUCCAGAAAAAAAACGUUUUAUUUGGAGCUUUUGUGCAGUUUGCAAAUUCAUUUUUAUCUCUUUGAGUUUUGUAAACUUUUGAUUUCUCCUCUGUCCAUUAUUGUGUUCUUUAUUGUUGUGCCAUUGCUGAACCCUUUCAAUGGUUUAAAACUGGUAUUGUUAGCCACCCAACCCAGAAUCUUUGUUUCUGUCUCCACACUGUACAUCUCAGUUUAUUUGACAGGUAGAGAGGAAUCAGGUGAAUAGUUAAAAUUCAGUUCUCAAUCACAGAGUCCACCUUUUUAUGUAGAACCUGUAAAUGAGGAUAAUCCUGUCCUGUUUUGGAUCCCCUCUCAACCGCCAUUUCAAAACCCUGUCAUCCUCAGACCUGCUGAGUCGCCUCAAGGAUGCCCGAAAACCUGACGGCUCCACUGAACAUGUGGGACACAUCCUGACGGACUGGGUGAGUGCAUGAGUUUCUGAACUGAGAGGAACUUUCAUUCUGUGUCGAAAAAUAUACUUAAGUCAUAUAGAAAAUAAAUAUACUUCCCCCUCAUAGUAAUCAUGUCUGUGUCUUUGUGUCUCUGCAGCUGCCCUGUCUCUCCUCAUACACUCCAUACUGCAGUAACCAGGUAAAAGCCAAGUCCUUGCUGGACCAGAGGAAGCAAGACCGGCGGGUCCAGGACUUCUUGCAGCGCUGUAUUCAGUCUCCUUUCAGCAGGAAGUUGGACCUGUGGAAUUUUCUGGAUAUCCCUCGCAGUCGACUGGUGAAAUACCCACUGCUGCUCCGGGAGAUACUGAAGCACACGCCCAACGACCACCCAGACAGGCAACACCUGGACGAAGCGGUGAGGGAUCUGUACUUCUACAGUACUUUUCAAAGUAAAAGCCUUUAUUCUGAAAUGGUGUCAGAAAUGGUUAUUUGGGGACAGAAGUGACUUGCACGGCUCUUUCAAUAAGUCUAAGGUGAACUUCUGCCAGAUAAAACACUGCAGGUACUCCUAAUUUAAUUAAAAAACAUCAGGUACUUCAUCUUUUACAAUCACUCUAACCCUUUGCAGCCAUCUCUGCUCCUCUGUCUGAAGCCUCAUAGAUUCAGAGUUUGUUCAGUGAUAAGAUAAUAAUAGGUAACACUUAAAAACCUUCAUGUGCUUCUUAUAAACCCCUAAUCCUGCUUUUUGAAUUUAAAAAGGAAAAUAAACAUAUAAAUAAAUAGACAGAUUAAUAUUGGAUUAAAUGAGAUCAAACUAUAAUUAAAUAAAAAGCAAUGAUGAAAUGACACUGAAGUGAUCCUUUUCCUCUACAGAUGCUGAUGGUUCAGAGCGUGGUCGCAGACAUCAACAGGAGGACAGGGGAGUCAGAGUGUCAGUACUACAAAGAUCGUCUGCUGUACUCGGAGUACGCUCACAGGGAUGAACUCAUCCAUCGGUCCAAGACGCUGAGCUGCCACGGAGAGCUGAAGAACAACAGAGGACUCGUCAGUAUUUUCUCUAAUAUUCACAACCUCUUUCUCUCACAUCCAGUUAUAUCUGUAUAUUUUCUAUUUUUUUAAACCUUGUGAAACUAUGAACCAUUCUUUAGUCCAUGCAUGAAUUAGAAAUUCUGCUUUCAAGUUGAAUAAAAUACUUCAGCUUUCAUUUGCAUUAAAAUAAUCUGCAUUUUUCUCUCUCUGUUUCCUCCCAGAAGCUACACGUGUUUUUGUUCCAGGACGUUUUGGUCAUCACCCGGUUGGUCUCUCUGAACGAUCACCCUGUCAGCUACCAGCUCUGCCGACAGCCAAUCCCCAUCCGGCAGCUGGACCUGGAGGACCUAUCAGAUGGAGAGAUGAGGGUGGGCGGGUCCAUUAGAGGAGCCUUCAGCAACAAUGAGCGGAGUAAGAAGCACAUACAUGAUACAACAGAUUCAGCAAGUUGUAACCUGAAUUGGAAAAAUUGAGUAAAGCCCUAGUUCAGUCACAAAGUCAGUGCAUUUGUUGGCAUUUUUUUCUAUUUUUUAAACAAUUUUAAGAGAUUGUCACAAAUGUAAUUUAUUAUUAUGCUAAUGUUUACACUGAGAUCAAAAAGUGGUGGUUUGUGGUACUGGACUGGCUCUUGUGUCUGACCAAUCAGCUUUCACUCACUUAUUAACCAAUCACUGUGCGCUUACAACUUUUUUAAAGUCCCCCCUGUGCUGUGUUAGUGUCUACUUUAAAGCAGGAGGUCACUCUUAAUGUGGUUGUAGGAUCUCAAGAAGUCAAGUCAGGUCAGCAUUUAUUUCAGUUGCUCAUUUAAAAACAACCACAGUGGACCAGAGUGCUAUACAAGCCUAAACACAUCUUACCAAAGACAAAUGAAUAACACAAUAGAUAAAAGCAAAUUAAGUUCAUAGUUCCUGCAGUGCUGAAGCAGUGAAAAGGGGAGAGUUCUUACAGUUCCUGGGAAAGUAAAAAAGUUCCAGUCGGAAAAUAAUGCCUGCUCUGGCAGAGGUCUUUGCUGCUGCUCGCCACGCCAUAAACGGGAGAGGAGUUGUCCUCUACCCGCCUCAGAAAUGACAUUUCUUUUGGAUGACUGGGGUACUUACUGUAUUUGUGGCCUUACUAACCUCCCUUGGUCUCCUGUCUCCUUGUCUCCUCACAGCUAAGAACUUUUUCCGGGUUUCUUUCCGAUCUGGAGGUCAGCUGCAGAGUCACUGUUUCCAGGCCAGCGACGCCUUCAACAAACAGCAAUGGAUUAACUGCAUCAGACAAGCAAAGGAGGCUGCAGCGCUGACAGGAGACCAGCCAGAACAGACGGGACAGUGUGUGGGGACAGGACUGAGUGGACAGAUGGGGCUGAGAUUGUGCGGUGGUUCAGAGCUCGAGCAUGAAAAGGGAAGUUGGGGCGAGGGGGAGUCAGGGCUGGGUUUGGAGGGAGAGGAUGGUGUGAGCGGAGAGAAAGAUCUGAGUUUGGGUGAAGAGGUGGAGGUGAGUUUGACUCCAGGGACAGAGACAAGCGGGGAGGUGGAGACAAGGAGGACAGAUUCGGGAUUAGAUUUAGGAAUGGGGACGGAUGGAGAGUUCAGACUGAGGAGUAGUGAGACAGAUGCAGGUGUGGAGAUGGAGACAGGGCUAGAAAUCAGAGGUGAGACAGGAGCAGAGGAACCAGCAGGUGAAAGCCUGAAGGUGGAUGAAGGGAAAGGUGAUGGCAAAGAUAAUCCCCCCUCUGUUCUCCCUCCUACUCACCCCUUCCAAGAGGAGAAGGAGGUGAAGGAGGAGGAGCAGAAUGGUGUUCAGGAGGAGGAGUUUGGCAUGGAAACCGGUGAGAUUGACUCCCUGCAGAGCGAGGAGGAGCUGAACUUCAGGUGCUGA